AUGCCUCUGGGGCUGCUGGCGGACGCGGAGGUCCAGUCGGCUCCUCCGGAGCUGUUCCAUUUGCGGCGCGAAGUGGCCGAGGGGGCCAGCAGCAGCAGCAGCAGCAGCAGCAGCAGCAGCAGCAGCAGCAGCAGGAAGGAUAGGGAGUUCAUAGAGGCAGCAGCUGCGGUGCUGCAGCAAGACCACGAGGCCGCUUGUCUGUCAUUCUGA